UUAAAAUAAAAUUAUCUUUGUUCAAUUAUGAUUAGACAAUUUAGAAUUUUUUUGAAUUAGGCAAAAAAUAGCACUAGUUUCAAGUAGCGUUUCAAUUUUUCGAAUAUGGUGAAUCCAUAUUCUGCAUUAAACCAUACUUUACUAAAGAAUAUUUACAUUUUCAAAUAAGAAGAGGGAUACUGUGGAUAUAUCAUUAAAGACGAUGAAACCAAUUCUUUAGUUUGCGUAGAUCCAGGUAGAUUCGAUGUUGCUGUUGAACAUGUCAAAAUUAUGGAAUCUCAAUUGAAAUGCAAGUUAACUCACGUUUUAUGCACCCACAACUUUCACAUGAAUAAAGAUACUCAUAAAUUUUUAACCUAUAACGAUGGCGUCAAGAUCGUUGCUGGUAACCAAGGAGAAAAUAUCACUUUCCACAAUUAAAUAGCUUAUGAUAUAAAACCAUUUAAUAUCGGUGAGUUAGCUGUCUGCUACUUGUACACUCCUGGUCACUCUUCCGACUCCUUUACAAUAGCUAUCACUCAAUGUAAUGAGAAUUCUACUAAACUUCCUAUUAUCUUCACUGGUGAAACACUAUUAAUAAGCUCUAUUGGAGAUAUCUAACCUAAUGGACAUAAAUAAAUGUUAGAAACUAUUUUCAAAUUGAAAUCUUUCCCCAAUGAAACUUUGCUUUUCCCCUCUAAAGACGGAUAACUUGAAGAUCUUUUAUUUGCUAAGAGCUUGGAUCCAGGUAAUCCAGUAAUAAACUUAAAAAUAUAGUUGGCCAAGCAAGCUAUAGAAAAGAAAACACAUAUUUUACCUUCAUCUUUAUUAGAAGAAAAGAACUGCAACCCCUAUUUAAGGUUGCACGAUAACUAAAUUUUAAAAAAUGCCAACGCUAGAAACCCUACAGACGCAUUAAAAAAUCUUAAAAGCUUACAAAAUACAUUUUAUAACUCUUCAAAGUGAAUAAAUAAUUUUUUAAUAAUUGCUAGCUAUUUAACUAUUCUUAUUUUCUCUUGCUUAUUAACUUAAAUGUUUGUUGUUUUUACUCUAAAAUAAUAUCAUUAAUAUUAAAUACAUUUUCUU